GCCUCCUCCGCCUACGUCCAGUCGCGGGCUUCAGGAGAUUCAACGCCAGCCCGAGCACCCGAUUCUUCGCCAUGUCUACUGACGGAACAGCGCAAGCACCAGGUCCGAUCGAAACCAGCAUUCGGCAGAAACUUACAGAACUCCUGAACCCCACGGAGCUCACGAUCACGAAUGACUCCUGGCAACAUCGGCACCACCGCGCUAUGAAAGAACAAGGCGGGGGCAGUGGUGAGACGCAUUUCUCCAUCCAGAUGGUGUCGGAUGCUUUCAAGGGCAAGACGACGAUGCAGAGGCACCGACUCGUAUAUGCCGCACUUGCCGAGGAGCUGAAUCGGGAUGGGGGCGUUCACGCGCUCUCGCUCCAGACAAAGACCGCGGACGAAGCCAACAAGGCAUAGAGUCCGCGACGCUCGGUGACGAACUCCGUGAUGGUGUGCGAGACAGCUGUCUACCACCCGACGGCUGAAUCUGGUGGCCAUGGCCCGCGAUGAUCUCUUUCGCUUCUGCUGACAGAAAGUUAAAAAUGCCACUUUUGACUUCAUGCGGGUACCGACGCGUGGAGGCUCCUCAGGGCCGAACAUUGCAAGUUAUUCGCGUAAUCUCGUAAGCCGUUCAUCGGCUCGACUAUGCACUUUAUACAUUUUGGGCGCCGCCGUCAUCCAUGUCAUAACGAC